AAAGGGAAGUAUUGUUAAGAUCUGUUGCUCAUUAUAUCAGAUUUGACGUCUAUUUCGUUAUAUUUAAACCAGUUGUAAUGCAUUUCACAACUCAAAUAAUAAUUAAAUAUAGAUAUGCGUGGACAUAGAUAUUCUAUUAAUCAUAUGUUCCCCUGUGCAUUUGUCCAGGAGGAUGUUCCCCUUCCUGAGCUUCAACAUCAGUGUUCUGGAUCCGUCCGCCCACUACAACGUCUACGUGGACGUGGUUCUGGCGGAUCAGCACCACUGGAGGUACCAGGGCGGCAAGUGGGUCCAAUGUGGGAAAGCGGAGGGCAACAUGCCAGGGAACAGGAUGUACAUGCACCCCGACUCUCCCAACACAGGAGCUCACUGGAUGAGACAAGAAGUGUCUUUCAGCAAACUCAAGCUCACCAACAACAAGGGCAGCACCAAUAAUGUGGCACAGGUACUGUUUCCUGUUUCCUGUUGUCUGCCUGCUACUAUAUUAAGAGCUUCUGAAACCUGUUCUGCUUUGUGUUCAUCUUUGUAAACGAGUACACGUCUUCUGCAUCAUGUUUCUGAUAUACCAAAUGAAAAUGAACCACAUUGUUUUGUGUCUAAGAUGCAUCCAAUGUAUCUUCAUUAUCUGUAACAUCUUCCUCUCUGCCGUCACAUUUCCUGUCUGAUUGUUUUCUAUCCAAUAAAGACAGAAAGUCUUAG